AUGAAUUCAGAAUCUGCAGACCUGAAGAGCUCUGGAGUUGGUACUGAAUCUACUGAUGCUGAUAAAAUCUGUAACAAAAGGAUUGUAGUUCCACAUAAAGUAGUCACAUUAGCCAACAAUUUCGAGAAGAAAGACCGUUCCUGGUAUGUCAAGUCUAAAAUCCCUAAUGAUCUGUCAAUUCAAGUAGAUGACAUUACCUUCCACGCACACAAGUUUCCUUUGAUCUCCAAAUGUGGUUACAUAAGCAAUAACAUUGAGCUACAAGCUUCACCUUCUGAAGACAUAUAUCAUCUCAAGCUUGAAAACUUCCCAGGUGGAGCAGAAACGUUUGAGACCAUUCUCAAAUUCUGCUACGGUCUUCCUUUGGACUUGACUCCUCUCAACGUAGCACCACUUAGAUGCGCAUCUGAAUACUUGUACAUGACUGAAGAAUUUGAAGACGGAAACCUAAUCUCAAAGACAGAGGCUUUCAUUACUUUUGUAGUACUUUCCUCAUGGAGAGACACACUCACUGUUCUCAAAUCAUGUGCAAGCUUAUCUCCAUGGUCUGAAAACCUCCAAAUUGUAAGAAGAUGCUGUGACUUGCUUGCUUGGAAAGCAUGCAAGGACAACAACAACAUACCAGAAGAUGAUGUAGUAGAUAGCAACAACGAAAGAUGUUUGUUCAAUGAUUUAGCCACACUUCAAAUUGAUCACUUCAUGAGGGUUGUAACCAGUGUGAAAGCAAGACGAGCCAAACCAGAGAUUAUAGGUAGAAUCAUCGUGAAGUACGCAGAGAAAUGGUUGCCGCUAAUCGAUGAGGAUUUGGAAGGAGUAAGAGUUUACGGUUUAGGAAAAAAUGAGUUGCAGUUUAGUGUGAACAGAGUCAAAACAGAGCAUCAAGAACAAAAGGGGAUUAUCGAAAGCAUAGUAAGCGUGCUUCCUACACAAUCAGGAGCAGUGUCUUGCAAGUUUCUGCUAAGGUUGCUGAAAACUGCGAUGGUUUACUCUGCAUCACCAGCUUUGAUAUCUGAUCUUGAGAAGCGAGUAGGCAUGGCGUUGGAAGAUGCUGAUGUAUGUGACCUCCUGAUUCCUAACUUCAAGAAGCAAGAUCAACAGAAAGGAGCCAGCUCACUUGAGGUAUACGCAAUGUACAAUGUGGAUGUGGUUUACAGGAUUCUUGAGUAUUUCUUUAUGCAUGAGCAGCAGCAACAACAGCAAGAGUUACCAGGAAAGCCAAGCAUAACAAAGCUCUUGGACAGUUACUUAGCCGAGAUUGCUAAAGAUCCAUGUCUGCCUAUCACCAAGUUUCAGGUUCUAGCAGAAGCGUUGCCUGAAAAUGCUUGGAAAUGCCAUGACGGCCUCUAUAGAGCAAUUGAUAUGUUCUUCAAGACUCAUCCUUUACUAUCAGAGCAUGAAAUAAGACGAUUGUGCAAAACAAUGAACUGUGAGAAACUAUCACUUGAUGCGUGCCUACACGCUGCACAAAAUGAUCGCUUGCCUCUGAGAACUAUAGUCCAGAUCAAUACUCAGGUGCUUUUCUCGGAACAAGUGAAGAUGAGGAUGAUGAUGCAAGACAAGAAACCAGAGACGACCAAGGAAGAAAAUUCUGGAGGUCGUGAGGAUGAAAGAGUAUCUAGAGAUGAUGAGAUCAAGACACUAAAGGAAGAUCUGGAUAAUGUGAAGAAGAAGAUGGCAGAGCUUCAGAAUGAUUACAGUGAGCUUCAACAAGAGUACGAAGCGCUAAGUAGCAAACAGAAGAGCUCACAGAACUGGGGAAUGCGCUGGCAGAAGAUGAAGAAAUCGUUCCAGACAAAACACGAAGACGAUGAGACAAGAGACAGGUCACGAAGAAGUUCUACGGGACCAAGAACCAGCUUCAGGCGAAGAAUGUCGACGUCAUAA